AUGUACGACAUGCUCAAGCUAUUCCAGACCGGCCGCAGCCAUAUGGUGGUCCUCACUGACUCCCUCGCGGCCGUCCGCGCCGCCGAGGCCGCCGCCGAGGCCGCCCGAGCCGCCGGCGACGGCGAGGGAACAACCGCGGCCGAGGGCGGCGCGGAGCAGGAGGGGCGGCCGGCGACGGCCGGCAGCGGCGGCGGCGGCGGCGGCGGAGGGAGCGUCUUCAGUCGCCUGCUGGGGUCGGCCGCGGACGCGUCGGACGGCGCCGCACUCGAGCGGACGGGGAGCGGGCCGGCGCCCUUCCCGAACUGGUCGGCCGACGAGGAGGGUACGUACGUGCCCGUGGGCAUCAUCACUAUUGAGGACGUGAUAGAGGAGCUGAUGCAGGCUGAGAUCAUCGACGAGACGGACCUCUUUGUGGACAACGAGAGGAGUGUCAGGGUCAACGCCCACGUCCUGGCCCAGGCCCUGCCCGCCAAAAUCAGGCAGGCGCUGCAACUCAACCCACACGGCGCCUCGGGCGCGGGUGGCGCUGGCGCCGGCACGGGCCCGGCGGGUGGGCACUGGCAGGCAGUGUCCGUCGGCGCCGCGGGCGCCGCGGCGACGCUGUCGCCGGGGGGCGCGGCCGGCAGGGAGAGCAGCGCGGGCGGCGGGCCAGCCGGCGCGGGGCCGACGGUGACUGUCAGGAAGGCCAACUUGAGGACGUUGAGCGCUGACCUGGCGCCGAGGUCCCCUGGCGCGGCCGGGCGCGCGGGGACGGGCUCGGGCGGCGGGGCGGCCGGCGGCCGGCGCGGGGGUGGCGACGAGGCGGGGGCGUCGCUGCGGCAGCCGCUGCUGCAGCCGGGGGAGCGGUCUUGA